AUGCAAAGUGCAAUGAAAGACGUUAUUCUUGCCAGCACAAAGAUGUCUGAAGCCGAUCAUUCAACUCGCAGGCCACAGCAAAACUCAGAGCAUACCAACAAAAACACAGGCUCGGACGUCUCACAAAUGCCUCCAAAGAAUGAUAGUUUACAUCGGCUAACCCAAAGCUCACGGUCAAGCGAACAAUUCCUCUUGAGGUCUCGGGAGCGUGAAGUCGAACAAGCCCAUGAGGAAAAUUUGACAGGGUGUAUGUGCCUCGUUCUCGCAAAAGUUCCGCAUUUUCACUGGUCAAAAAAAAAAGAGCAAAGGCUGGCGGGGGAUCAAUUUGCAUACGAUCUCUGGCAUAGACCACGGGAGGAACUCGACGAAUCACCCGUACAAAAGGGAUGUCCCUGUUGUAAAAGUUUUUGCAAAUGCCCUAGGGCAUGGAGACAGUGGCUUGGAUGGGGUGGCAAUUGA